AUGAAGGUUCUCCUGUUCAUUGCUCUGCUGGGUGUAACCACCGCUGACCAACGUCCUCCUACAAGUUAUGGAGCCCCAAAUGGAGGUUUCGGUAAUGGAAAUGGAGGUAAUGGAAAUGGAUUUGGAUUUUCAGGCAAUGGGUUUGCAGGUGCUUCAAGUAAUGGAUAUGGAGCUCCCCCAAGUAAUGGAUAUGGAGCUCCCCCAAGUAACAGGUAUGGUCCCCCAACGGGUUCUUAUGGACUAGAUCCGGAGCUGGUUGCUCUGCAGGAGAACAUCCCAGGAGGUGGCGUCCCCGGUGAAGACUACCCAGUCUUGUCUUCUCCACCAGACACUGGCUUCUCUUGUGAUGACCAAGCAGUGCCUGGUUAUUACGCUGACACUGCCCCUGAUGCCAGCUGCCAGGUGUUCCACAUUUGCCAGGACCGUGCUGUCAGACGUCAGAAGGACUCGUUCCUGUGCCCCAACGGUACCAUCUUCAACCAGCAGUACCUGGUGUGUGACUGGUGGUUCAACGUGGACUGUUCUCAGGCUGAGAACUUCUACUCCGUCAACGAACAGAUUGGUGUCGUCCCCAGUGCUGGCUAUGGUUAUGGUCCCAUUGCCAAUGGUAUUGCCAAUGGAUUCCGUAAUGGAAAUGGUAAUGGAUAUAGUAAUGGUAAUGGCAACAGAAGAAAUGGCAAUGGUGCAAAUCGUUAUGGAUCCAAUGGAAAUAGAAGGAAUGGGAACGGCGCUGGUAAUGGUGCCAGCAGUGGUUAUAGUGGUCCACCUGCUCCCUCGACUGUCUAUGCAAAUUCGUUUUAA